GCCCCGCCCCGAGCCGGGCGCCGCGCUCUUCCCAAUGUGAAUCCGGCUUCCGACUCUGUCGUGGGGGGAGAAAGGCCCAGCAGCCGCAUCAGCACCUGUGGUCCGCUAGCGACCCGGACAGGCAGGCGCCCGCAGAUCCUUCCCCCACCCUCAGAAAUCCCCCAGCCCCCAGCGCGCUCGGACCCACAAGCCGCUGCCAUCUGGGGUCGGCGCCGUGGGCCGAGCCUCCCGCGGUGAGGGGCGUGGGGCUGUAGCCAGCAGGUCAUAGGACAACAGAAGCUAAACCCAACGCACACGCACAGGGCGAUGGCCGCCGAGACGCUCAAUUUUGGACCGGAAUGGCUCCGCGCGCUGUCCAGUGGGGGGAGCGUGGCCUCCCCCCCGCCCUCUCCUGCCAUGCCAAAGUACAAGCUCGCGGACUAUCGCUACGGCAGAGAAGAGAUGCUAGCACUUUAUAUCAAAGAGAACAAGGUCCCGGAGGAGCUCCAGGAUAAGGAAUUCGCUGCCAUUCUCCAGGAAGAGCCGCUGCAGCCGCUGGCCCUGGUCCCGCUAACGGAGGAGGAGCAGAGGAAUUUCUCCAUGUCUGUGAACAGCGUGGCGGUGCUGAGGCUGAUGGGAAAAGGAGGCGGAGCCGCUCCCGCUGGAGUCUCCCGGGGGAGGGGCAGUACCCGGAGCCGAGGCCGGGGCCGAGGCGAGAGCGGGUUUUACCAAAGAAGUCCGGAGGAGCCGGAGGGGGCGUUCGGGCGUGGGGCCCGGGAGAUCCACCGCAGCCAGAGCUGGGACGACAGGGGCGAGCGGCGGUUCGAGAAGCCGACCCGGCGGGACGGAACCCGGGCUCCCUUCGAGGAAGGGGCCCCGCCCCCCCGCAAGGAGUACGCCCGCUCGGACAGCAACAACUGGCGCACGCUGCGGGAGGAGCAGGAGGAGGAAGAGGAGGGGGGCGGGGGCGCCGGCCCCACCCCCGCCGGGGCGGCCGCGGGGGGCAGCUGGCGGCUCAGUGGGGCCCGGCGCGAGAGCGAGCGCUGGCGGUCGGCCAGCCCAGAUGGCGCGCCCCGCUCGGCCGGCUGGCGGGAGCACCCCGACGGCCGGCGCCGCAAGUUCGACUUUGACUUCCGGGAGCGGGAGGAGGAGCGGGGCGGGCGGCGGCACCGGGGCAGCGACAGCUUCGAGGACGACAAGGACGGGCUGCCCGAGUGGUGCAUGGACGACGAGGACGAGGAGAACCCGGGAAAGAGCCCCAAGGAGCCAAUCCCUGAGGAGCAGGUGUUCGACUUCCAUCCGUUGCAGGAAGAUGACGAGGGGUCGGAAGGGAAGGACGACGCCGAGCCCGGCUCGAAGGAGGCCCCCGAGAAAGAGGCCUGGAAGGAUCCCUCGAUGGCCCCGGAGGAGAAGCGAUGUUCCCCGCCCGGCGCCCCCUGGCUGUCGGGCCCCCCUUUUGCUGCUACUGUUGCCACUGCCACUAGUGAAUGUGAGAGCGCCCCGCUGGGGGGCUCGGACCCCGCCGCACCCCUCGGCCCCUGCGACAAGGAGCCGAAGCCUGCUGCGGAAGGGGACCCAGGCGUCCUGAGCCUCCCGUCUCAGCUCAGCACGGGCGCGGUCUCCACCCUCUCCUCCCCUUCCUCCACCACCAAUGCUGCUACUGAGUUCUCCAUCGGAGACGCCGAGGACGACGACGGGAUGAAACAUCUUCAGCAGGAAGCAGAGAAGAUGGUGGCCUCGCUCCAGGAGAGCUCCAUGGACGAGGAGCGCUUCACCCAGGCCAUCCAGGAGCCGCGCAACACGGCCGCCGCCCUGCCCCUCUCCCACGAGGCCGCCAUGAAGUGGUUCUACAAGGACCCCCAGGGGGAGAUCCAAGGGCCCUUCACCACGCAGGAGAUGGCGGAGUGGUUCCAGGCCGGCUAUUUCACCAUGUCGCUGCUGGUGAAGCGCGGCUGCGACGAGGGCUUCCAGCCGCUGGGCGAGGUGAUCAAGAUGUGGGGGCGAGUGCCUUUCGCGCCGGGCCCGUCGCCGCCCCCGCUGCUGGGGAACCUGGACCAGGAGCGGCUGAAGAAGCAGCAGGAGCUGGCGGCCGCCGCCCUCUACCAGCAGCUGCAGCAUCAGCAGUUCCUGCAGCUCAUCAACAGGUACCUGCCCGACAGGCCGCAGUUCGCCCAGUGCGCGCUCCAGCAGAAGCUGGCGGCUGGAGACCUGACCCAGCAGCAGCUCACGGCUUUCCUGCAGCAGCUGCAGGCUCUGAAACCCAGAGCCGGGGAGCAGAACCUGAUCCCGGCGAUGAACCGCUCCAUGUCCGUGCCAGACACAGGGUCCCUGUGGGACGCGCAUACCUCAGCCUCACAGCCUGCAGGCGGUGAGGCCAGUCUAUGGGAUUUACCAAUUAAUUCUUCAACUCAGGGUCCAAUCUUAGAACAACUGCAACUGCAACAGAAACUCCAGGAGCGCCGCGACGCGGAACUCAGGGCUAAGAGGGAGGAGGAGGAACGCAAGCGGCGCGAGGAGAAGCGGCGCCAGGAGGAGCAGAAGCGGCGUGAGGAGGAGGAGCUGUAUCGGCGCAAACAGUGCCGGCAGCAGGAGCUGGUGCUGAAGCUGCUGCAGCAGAGCCAGGCGCAGAGCGCGGCGCCCUGGGGGGGGCUGGCCAAGCCCCCCGGGGGCAUGAAGGCCCUGCUGGAGCUGCAGGAGAGCGAGCGGCAGCUGCACAAGCAGCAGCGGGCGCAGCAGAGAGCGCACGGGGGGCUCGGCAUGAGCAGCCCCUCGCAGUGGGGCACCGACUCCAGCCCGCUGUGGAGCCAUGAGAAGAGCAGCCUGUGGGACGAGAGUGUCAAGAACAUGAGGAGCGUGGGGCUGAAGAGCAGCCGCAGCAGCCCCUCCCUCGGGGACAGCUACGGGGGGCCGGGCCGGCAGAGCCGGAAGAAGACGGACGAGGAGGAGAAGCUGCUGAAGCUGCUGCAGGGGAUCCACAAGCCCCAGGACGGCUUCACGCAGUGGUGCGAGCAGAUGCUGCACGUCCUGAACAGCUCCAGCAACCUCGACGUCCCCACAGUGGUGGCGUUCCUGAAGGAGAUGGAGUCCCCGUACGACGUUCACGACUUCAUCCGCUCCUACCUGGGCGACACGCUGGAAGCCAAAGAGUUUGCCAAGCAGUUCCUGGAGCGGCGCGCCAAGCAGAAAGCCAGCCAGCAGCGCCAGCAGCAGCAGGAAGCCUCGUGGCUCAGCUCCGGCAACCUGCCCUCCCCGUUCCCGGCCAACCACAGCACCAAACAGCCGCCCUUCGACGGCAGCCAGCCGGUGAAGAUCAAGAGGAGACCGGUCAUGCUGCACGCUGACCCCAGCAUCCUGGGCUAUUCGCUGCACGGCCCGGCAGGCGAGGUGGAAAGCAUUGAAGACUACUGACGUCUCGUAGCAAUAGGAACUCUGCUGCCUUCUUAACCGAUUCAGUCUUACCUGAAUGUGCACUGCGAAAGGACGAGGCGGCCGUGCUGGGCCCUCCCCUGUCCUCCGCCCCCCCCCCCCGGCGAGUGGGGGGCACCGGGGCUGGCGGGGGGGCAGGGUGGCACGUGCGCUCGGAUCGGGGCGCCGGCGACCCGCCUUCGGAAGAGGAGUAUGUGUGAGCACUUCUUUCUCCAACACACGAAGCACCUUAAAAUGCAACCCGCUGAUGCACUUUAUCGAGACUUUUUACAAAGAGCUGAUUAAAAAAAAAAA